AUGGUGUAUCGUAAUACGUUAUCUCUAAUGUUGGCCACCACUUUGGCCAACGCAGCUGCCAUUAUUCCACGUGGAACGACGACAUCCUUGCCCACACCAUCCUCAAUAGUAGUUCCAAAUGACCCUAUAGUCCGCCCUUGCAUCGCCCCUGGUGUCGUGUGUUUGAAACAGCAUGCCGCUAAUCUCCCAUAUCCCUUCCACCGUGCUGCUCCCGACGGCAGAGACAUCCCGACCUAUGGCGACACUGAAGUACCCGCGGAUGCCUCCUGGCAAAAUGUAUCAACGGCCGACUUCAUUGUUUUUGACGAGUCCCGUGCAGCAGAGGUCCUAGGAGACUCUCCCAGCGUGGAGUUUGUUUUCUCCGUGGACGCUAACCACAUACACGAGUCCCCUGUUUUCGUCCCAACCCAGAACCGAAUCUACUUCUCAGAGCUCUCAACAAACCUCCCCCAAUUUACCAUCGACCUCAAUCAAGAUCCUCCCUCUCUCUCGUACUUCACCGCCGACCCACCCAUCUACAUCCCCAACGGAGGCUUCUAUCACAACAACACCGUCUACUUCUCCGUGGCAGGAAGUAACACCUCUAUCCCCGGUCUAGGUGAACAACGACCCGGUAUCGUCACCUUAGAUCCAGCAACUAACAAAUCCACAACACUCCUAAACAACUACUAUGGCUUGACCUUCACCGACUGCGACGACCUCAUUGUCGAUCCGGAAACCGGCUUCAUCUGGUUCACCGCCCCUUAUUACUCCUGGUGGUUGGAGCUCGCCGAUAUACCCCCGCAGACCAAGUCAGGAACAUAUCGAUUCGACCCAGCCACGGGGUCGACGGUCAUCGCAAAUGACGACAUGUUCUCACCCAACGGAAUCGCACUCAGCCCAGACCGUCGAUACAUGUACAUCAGCGACUCAGCAGCCUCUGGACUCUCGGCGCCCAUCUCACCCGACGUUCCCAGUCCCGGCGGCGCAGGAAUCUUAUACAAUGUUACUGGCACCCGCGCAAUUUACAAGUUCGAUCUCGUUGACAACGGUCGCGCAAUCAUCAACAAGAGGCCUAUCUACUAUGAUGCCCUUGGUUCUGUUCCGGAUGGACUCAAAGUUGCGCGCAAUGGGUACGUUGUUACGGCGACUGGGAACGGAUUGAACGUGAUGGAUGAAUAUGGAGAUAUGAUUGUGCGUGUGCAGACGAAUUUCACGGUUAAUAAUUUCAUCUGGUCGGAUGCUAAUGAGUAUCGGGAGGUGUGGAUGAUUGGUAUGGGUGGUGUUGCUCAUUUGAAGUGGGGUCUGCAGGGUCAGGAGGCUGUCUGA